AUAUAAAUAUAGAAGAUGUCAAGUGUCAUAGCUAUAAUGUACGCGACGGUCGCGUUUGUUAUUCUGCACGGGGUUAACAGCCUGGACAACGGACUAGCGUUGACGCCGCCAAUGGGAUGGCUCGCGUGGCAGAGGUUUAGAUGCAUUACCGACUGCGAAAUGUAUCCCGACGAAUGUAUCAGUGAAAAGCUUUUUAUGAAUGUAGCAGACUUGUUGGUCAGCGAAGGCUACGCAGAAUUCGGUUACAAGUACGUUAUCGUGGAUGACUGUUGGUUGGCUACCAACAGAUCAAAUGAUGGGAAAUUAUUAGCGGACAACAAAAGAUUCCCAAGUGGUAUCAAAGCGCUAUCGGACUACGUGCACUCGAAAGGGCUUAAAUUUGGUUUGUAUCAAAACUGGGGAGAAAAAACGUGCGCUGGUUAUCCGGGUGUGUCGGGUCACGAAGAACAGGAUGCUCAACAAUUCGCCGAAUGGGGAGUAGACUACGUAAAACUGGACGGAUGCUAUUCGGACAUUAGAGACAUGGAAAAGGGUUACGCAGAAUUCGGGAAACAUCUGAAAAAUACAGGAAGGCCCAUAGUGUACUCUUGCAGUUGGCCGGCGUACCAAGAAGGUAAGGGAAUGCCGAUCAAUUACACGGCUUUGGUCGAGCACUGUAACCUGUGGCGAAACUACGGAGACAUUGACGAUUCAUGGACUAGUGUUAUGGACAUUGCUGAUUACUUUGCGCUCAAACAAGAAUUUUGGGCGCCGUUUGCAGGACCUGGACAUUGGAAUGAUCCGGAUAUGCUUUUAAUCGGCAACUUUGGUCUAACGGUCGACCAGAGUAAAGCCCAGAUGGCCAUCUGGGCAAUACUGGCCGCUCCCCUGCUCAUGUCCAACCAGCUGUCCGCAGUCCGUCCGGAGUUCAAAGAGAUUUUGUUGAACAAAGGGAUCAUCGACGUCAACCAAGACGCCUUAGGUAUUCAAGGCAAGAGAGUAUUCAGGGUGUGUAACGUUUAUUUGAUAUACAAAUUAUACUUGCUCCUCACCAUAUUAUAAAAUAUGCACCGAUCU